AUGAUUAGUACGGAUAAGAUUACGAGGAAGAAAGGGUUAGGAACACUGAAUCUCGGUGGUGAUGUCGUGCCCGAGACAGCCAGAUAUGGGGGCGAAUGGAUAUCCAUCGUAAAAGCCGCGGCAGCCCCAUCCUCCCAUCCUAUGCGUGUCAAAAUCGCCGCACCCAGCAGAGUUUUUUCUUCUUUGCCGGCAUCAUUCUCUUCGCUCCUGACGUCGUGCCUCCCCUUCCACCCACAAGCAUGCUCCACCCCCAGCGGCAGUUACACCGUCAUUCUUCACACCCGCCCAGCUCUUACUCUCUACCCCUCCUCCCCUCCCAACGAUUGCAAGCGGCAACUACUCCAAAUCGCCAUCCUCCCUAUCACGCUCCUGUUUACGCUCAUAUUCAGCGUCCUCGUCCUCCCCUCCGUCCUCCUCCAACGGGCUAUAGAAGGCGGAGGGCUACGGUUCGGACUAGUAAAAGGGAGACCUACCGAUCGCAAACAAUCCCAGAACCCCUCGACAAGAACUUUACCCCUCAAGAGGGAUGGGAGCGGAAACAGGACAGAGGAAGAAAGAGAAGUCAAAGGAAGAUGCUCCAAAGGCCAGAAAGAAAACGCGAAACGAGACUCUGGCAAGGAACGUCUGUGGAUCAAACACAUUGGAAAAGGCAGAAAACAGACACACCUAGCACACCCAGGCAAAGCACGCACACUCCCCCCUGCUUCAAUACUACCGCCACUAUCCGGCCAGUGGACUCGGUUGUUGUCCUCCCGCCGGCUGUUUCUGCAACCGACAGCAUCGCGAUACGCAUACCCGCUCCUCCUUAUGCUUGUUGAUCCUGAUGGACGUGCACGCGCCUACUACCACUCGUCUUGUCUUCGUGGUGCUGAUGGCGAUGUGAAGAGGGUAUUGUCCAAAUUACCAGUUUCUCGCCCCAACCCAGCCUUCAAAAUACUAUCCGCUCUGGAACUGCCAUGCUAUACUAUUGGACACCACCAACAACCAUCGCCGAUUGACGCACCCAGCACUCCUCCUCUCUUCUUCGGACCUCGUAUCACCAACCGACAAGACAUCAACGAUGUAUCAGGAUGUUACGGACGGCCCGCAUAUAAGCGAGUUAUCGCCCCUCUUUCACCUGCGCUACGAGGGGUUGACGUUCUACCUUAUGCACAUUUAUACCUCCCUCCAAAACGCAUCAAUUUCAGAUGGUCUUGUCCGCUUUUGACAGAGCUAUCUACGUGUGCCUCUCUUGCCCACCUUGACUGUCUCACUUUGAUGCGCCCCGCGUUCGCCUACGUCCAAGCUGGUUGUGGAGCACAGACAAAUUAA